AUGAUAAUCAAAGAUGGUUUAGACCUAUUCGUUAUGCAUGAGACUGACAUGUGGAACAAAGCUUCGUUUCUGACUCGCCUUGUUGCAUCUUCAAUACGUGUUUCCGAAGCUGCUGGGAAUAUUAUCAAGAACGUUAUGGCCGGAGGCGACUUGAAAAUUGUCGACAAAAGCGCUGAUGGUGAACCGGCCGAUCCUCAGACAGAAGCGGAUCGUCGAGCGCAAUUUCUCAUUGUUAAAUCGCUAACGGAACGUUUUAGUGGCAUCCACAUUAUAGGAGAAGAAGAUAUCACCUCCGACUGUCACUCUAUCGAAAAUGCUUUUUCUUCUGAUGUGCUUCGGCUGGAGGAUGAAAUAAGCCCAGAUCUGAAGUCCAUAAAACCCGAGGAUGUUGUUGUAUGGGUUGAUCCAUUAGAUGGCACUUCGGAAGUGGCGCUCGCUGUGAAAAAUAAAAACGAAAGUGGGUUUUUCAUAACACUAUUCUUUUUGGGCAAAGGAGCAUAUAUUGAUGUGCACAAGAUGCGCUAGCA